AUGCCUUUGUGUUAUUAUCGCACCCCCUGCCUCUCUGACGACACGAGUUUACCAACCCCCCCUGCUGGUCGUUACCGAUCCACUGUCCAUAUGCCCAUCGUGCAUUCACCACAGAAUGGAAUGUUCAUAAUUCCUUUCUUUCUUUCUUUCUUUCUUCCCUCCUUCUUCCCUCCUUCCGUCCAUCCUCCCUCCCUCCCUUCCUUCCUUCCUAGCUUCCUCCCUUCCAUCCUUCAUUCAUUCCCUCCUCCAUUUCUUCCUUCCUUCUUUCCUUCAUACAUUCUUUCCCUCCCUCCCUUCCUUCCUUCGUUCAUUCAUUCCCUCAUCCCUUCUUUCCUUCCUUCCUUCCUUUAUUUAUUCAUUCCCUCCCUUCCUUCCUUCUUUCUUUCAUUCAUUCAUUCCCUCCUCCCUUCUUUCUUUCUUUCUUUCUUUCUUUCCUUCCUUCCUUCCCUCCUUCCUUCUUUCGUUCAUUCAUUCCCUCCUCCCUUCAUUCAUUCCCUCCUCUCUUCCUUCCUUCCUUCGUUCAUUCAUUCCCUUCUUUCCUUUCUUCCUUCCUUCAUUCAUUCAUUCAUUCCCUCCUCCCUUCAUUCCCUCCUUCCUUCGUUCAUUCAUUCCCUCAUCCCUUCUUUCCUUCCUUCCUUCCUUCCUUUAUUUAUUCAUUCCCUCCCUUCCUUCCUUCUUUCUUUCAUUCAUUCAUUCAUUCCCUCCUCCCUUCUUUCUUUCUUUCCUUCCUUCCUUCCUUCCUUCAUUCCCUCCUCUCUUCCUUCCUUCCUUCGUUCAUUCAUUCCCUUCUUUCCUUUCUUCCUUCCUUCCUUCAUUCAUUCAUUCCCUCCUUCCUUCGUUCAUUCAUUCCCUCCUUCCUCCCUUCCUUCCUUCCUUCCUUCCUUCCUUUCCUGUCACUUAGUUCUUUCUUUUUAUUUCUUCCUUCCUUUCGUUCAUUCUUUCUUUCUUCUUUUUCUUUCAGAUCAUUCAUCCUUUUUCAUGCUAGAUUUUUAUCUUUUCUUCCUCUAUUUUUACAAUUUUUUUUCUUUCUCUCUUUCCUUUUCCCUCCUUUUUCUCCACCUCUUUCUUUCGUUCUUUUUUUUUUUUAAUUAUUUCUUUUUUUUUCUCUGUCACAUCAUCAGUUUGUUUUAUCUUUCUUUACCAAUUUUUUCUUUCUCUUCCCUCUCAGUAUUUUUUUUAUCUUAUGCUUUUUUUUUCUUUUAUUUCAUUUUUAUCAAGUUUUCUUUCUUUCUUUCUUUCUUUCCUUUCUUUCUUUCUUUCCACUUCUACGAAGUAUACAUUACCCAAUUUCUCUAUUGUAAAUCGGUGAGAAGUGUACCUGAAAAUAUUUUAGUCAUUGGGUCCCAUAUCUAUCUAUCUAUCUAUCUAUCUAUCUAUAUUUUUGUUUGUUUUUUCUGUAUUUUUCUUCAUAUCUAUCUAUCUAUCUAUCUAUCUAUCUAUCUAUCUAUCUAUCUAUCUAAAACUUAA